UAAGCUGUCUAUUAAAGACCCCGUUAAGUUUUUCAAGAAACCUCACACACUCAGAGACACGUUGACGGACACUCAGAGACAGAUACACAGACCGACACACAGACGCAGACAUACUCGGACACAGACUGAGCUCGGAUUCCUAUUGUCUACCGGCAUAGUCUCGUUUAACAGUCUGAUUCCAGGUGCUGAGAUGACCCGAGGAGUUGGUAACCGGAGGAAAGUUAAAGUGUACGUGGUAGUGAUAUCGUUCCUGUUAACCGUGCUACUACAGCACACACCCACUGCGGAAGCCAUCGCUCUGGACCCAUGUUCUGCCUACAUCUCUCUGAAUGAGCCUUGGCGUAAUACAGAAUACCAUGUCAACCACUCCUCUGGCAGUGUGCCCCUGUGUGACAGCCGUGUGUCAGGGGAGUGGUACCGCUUCACAGGGAUGGCCGGAGACGCCAUGCCUACUUUCUGCAUCGAAGAGAACCACUGUGGAACCCACGCCCCCAUCUGGCUCAAUGGGAGCCACCCACAGCCCCAGGAUGGUAUCAUGACCCUUCCUGUGUGUGCCAGCUUCAAUAGUAACUGUUGCCAGUGGAAUGCCAGUGUUGAUGUGAAGGCCUGUACAGGAGGAUACUACGUCCGUCUGCCCAGACCGUCUGUCUGCUUCCAUGUCUACUGUGGACAUUUCUAUGACAUAUGUGAUGAGGUGGAGUGCAGUGGACCUCAGUGUCCGGAGUCGGACUGUCGCUGUGCUGCUGGAACCACCCUGGGACCAGAUAGACAGACAUGUCUCGAUGUGAAUGAGUGUGAGCAGGGGAACGGAGGUUGUAAGGAGGUAUGUGUGAACACCAAGGGGUCCAGACAGUGUGAGUGUGGACCAGGCAGGGUACUGGAGGAGGAUGGACGCAACUGCAAAGAGAUAGCAGGGUGCUACAACAACAACGGAGGCUGUAGCCAUGGUUGCUCUGUACUACAGGACUCCUAUCACUGUCACUGUCCCCGAGGACUGGAGCUGGGGGAUGACAAACGCACAUGCCAGGUCCCGGUGCAGUGUAGCAGCAGCUCCAUUAAGGUGUCGGUUCUAAGGGACCUGGUGGGGGGCCUGGAACUCUCCCUGUCCAACUCGUCAUGCCGCGGCGUCUCCAACGGAACACACAUCAAUCUCAGCUUCAGCCUCAAGACCUGUGGAACAGUAGUGGAGGUGACAGACGACAAGAUAGUGGGUACCAAUUUAGUGACGGGUCUUCCUAAAACCAGCCCAGGACCGUGGUCCGGUAGUAACCGGGAUAUGAUUGUCAGGACCUCCAAACUGCUGUUACCUGUCACCUGUGAAUUCCCACGACACUACGAGGUCUCCGACGGUUACCAGGCCAGUCUCCGUAGCUCCGCCCUAGAGCUAGCAGGCCACUCCCAGGGCCUGUUCCCCUUCUCUCUGGAGCUGUUUAAGAGUGCUGAGUUCUCUGAGCCCUACCGGGCUCCACCCCAACUACGCCUACACGACUCACUGUUCUUCGGGGUGGAACCCAGGGAGAAGGUGGAGGGUUUGUCAGCUCUGGUGGAGAGCUGCUUUGCUACCCCCAGUGCCAAGGCAGACCAGGCUCUCAAAUACUACCUCAUCAAAGACGGGUGUAUCUCAGAUGAAAUGGUGCGUCAGUACUCUGCUAAGGACCAGCUAUCCAAACACUACCAGGUUCCUGUCUUCAAGUUUGUUGGCAAGGACAACAAGGAGGUGUUCCUGCAUUGUCGUGUGUUGGUGUGUGGGGCAGGAGACUCCCGCUGUUCUCAGGGCUGUAGAGGGCGUCUGCGUCGGGAACUGUGGAGGACUGAGGAGGAACAGGAGGACUGGGACCAGCAUCACGUGCUGAGUGGAGGACCCAUACGCAUCUUGCCAGACUGAGACAUCAGACCGUCGUGGCAGCUCCAUACCACCUUCAGGCCAUCUCACCACUGCAAACAUAGAAAUAGAUACAAUAGAGAUAGAUAUUGUAGGAGCAUGACCAGCAUUGUCUCCUGAGUGGAGGACCCAUACACAUUCUGCCAGACUGAGACAUCAGACAACCACCACCACCACCACCACCACCACCAGGCCACCA